AUGUCACAAAAUACAGCUACUCAGACCACAACAUUGCCAACUUCAGGCACGCUGAACAUUCCGGCGGUGGCCCCACUACAAAUCAGCCCAGGAAGACUAAACCAAACCAUUUUGGAAACUGGUACGACUUAUGGAGGAGUCGCCAGAUGGGGUGACCUACCUCACGAGUUUGGUAUGCGGAGGUUGGCUGGCACAGCAGAAGAUGGAGCUAUGAGGGACUGGUUCAUUCAAGAAUGCAAAUCUCUAGGUUGUCGGAUCAAAAUCGACCAAAUUGGUAAUAUUUUUGCCAUAUUUCCCGGGAAAAAUGGCGGUAAACCUACCGCUACAGGUUCUCAUCUGGACACACAGCCCGAAGCGGGGAAAUACGAUGGUAUCUUGGGUGUCUUGGCCGGGUUAGAGGUUCUGCGGACUUUCAAGGACAACAACUACGUACCUCAUUUCGACGUCUGCGUCGUUGUUUGGUUCAAUGAGGAAGGUGCUCGAUUUGCCCGUUCCUGUACUGGGUCAAGUGUCUGGUCCCACGAUCUAUCGCUGAAAGAGGCUUACGAGCUUAUGUCAAUUGGCGAGAGUGAGCCAGAGUCUGUUUUCGAGUCAUUGAGCAAGAUCAAUUACAUCGGCGAUGUCCCAGCAUCCUACAAAGAAAACGAGAUCGACGCCCAUUUUGAACUUCACAUUGAACAAGGUCCCAUUCUGGAGGAUGAGCAGAAAUCAAUUGGUGUCGUAACUGGUGUCCAAGCUUACAAAUGGGAGAAGAUCACAGUGUCCGGCGAAGGGGCGCACGCUGGUACAACCCCCUGGAGAUGCAGAAAAGACGCUCUCUUGGCCUCGGCUAAGAUGAUUGUCGCUGCUUCUGAAAUUCUUGAAAAACAUCAAGGGCUCCUAACCUGUGGUGUGAUUGACGCCAAGCCUUACUCCGUGAACAUUAUUCCUGGAGAAGUGUCAUUCACGCUCGACUCUAGGCACCCUUCUGAUGAAGUAUUAGGAAAAGCUCAUGCCGAAGUCUACAAAGAAUUUGACAGAAUUGUUAAACAAAAUGUGUCGGGUCCUUUGUCUUAUACCAGCGAGACUCUUCAAGUUUCUCCUGCCGUCAAAUUUAACGAAACUUGCAUUGAAUGCGUGUCAAGAUCAGCACUUGCACAAUUUCCUUCCCACAAAGUUCGUCAACUUUGGUCAGGGGCAGGCCAUGAUUCUUGCCAAACAGCACCACAUGCACCUACCUCGAUGAUCUUCAUUCCAUCUAAAGAUGGGCUUUCUCAUAAUUAUUAUGAAUAUUCCUCCCCGGAGGAGGUAGAGAAUGGAUUUAAAGUUUUACUUCACGCUAUUAUCAACUACGAUAACUACAGGUCCACAAGAGGACACUGA